CGCACGCCCCCGCACACACUGGCAGACAAGCAAUCACUUUCGUGUGUUAAAAGAUCACGUGGUGAACUUUAAACGUCUCCAGGCCUCAAUGACAGCACUGACUGUCGUCCCCAUUGGUCCCGAAGGCAAAUAGUUAAUGUAAAUAUGCUGGCGCUAAGUGGGAGUGCCUCGCCAUUAGUUUAGCUGUCACUUGAGCACUGUCGAAUGUCUUCAGUGGUUGUGUCGUUGAGGUCUGCACUAGCAUGUGGUCAAGCCUCCGCGCGCGCCUCAACACUAGUCGCGGGAGAGCCGAGUACGAUGCAAGUCCACGCGCACUGAUAACAGGCCGGAGAGAAAACCGCUAAACUAGCGCUUGUGGACAUUUUAUAUCAGAUCGGCGGGAUUCCAAUGCGUCUGAUUACAAAAAGGCUCUAACAGAGGACAGAAAGAGCGCGUUUUUCCGAAGGACUCGAAGGUUUCGAAGACGCGUUUUGCUCCGCAGAUUAAAGACACAAAAGGCAUCUUCUCAAAAAAAGAUUUCCAGGAAUGGAAUCUAUCCCAAAUCAGCUGCCGGCUGGAAGAGACUCCAGCUGUUCGCCGAACUCUAAAGACUUGCAGUCUUACUCUGGCCCACCACUUAAGCCGAACCAAGUCAGUGAGACCUCUUUAUACGGAAUACCGAUCGUUUCAUUAGUCAUAGACGGUCAAGAGAGACUUUGCCUAGCCCAAAUAUCCAACACUUUGUUGAAGAACUAUAGCUAUAACGAAAUCCACAACCGGCGCGUGGCUCUGGGCAUCACCUGUGUGCAGUGCACCCCGGUCCAGCUGGAGAUCCUCAGGCGCGCGGGGGCUAUGCCCAUUUCCUCGAGACGCUGCGGGAUGAUUACAAAGCGAGAGGCCGAGAGGCUCUGCAAAUCGUUCCUGGGCGCCCACAGCCCGCCGAAAUUACCAGAAAAUUUCGCUUUUGACGUGUCGCACGAAUGCGCGUGGGGCAGCCGGGGCAAUUUCAUCCCUGCUAGGUACAACAGCUCGAGAGCCAAGUGUAUUAAGUGUUCAUUCUGCAACAUGUAUUUUUCUCCAAAUAAGUUCAUAUUUCACUCUCACCGCACGCCAGAAUCCAAAUACACACAGCCCGACGCGGCAAACUUCAAUUCUUGGAGAAGACACUUAAAACUCAGCGAUAAGAACUCAUCGGACGACGUGAUCCACGCCUGGGAAGAUGUCAAGGCCAUGUUUAACGGUGGCAGCCGCAAGAGGACGCUGCCAAUCGGUCGGUCUGAAAGUUCGCCUUCGCAACCACCCAGAGGUCAGACCCAAGGGGAACCGUCCGAUGUGCCGCACAAAACUCUCCGCUGUGAGGAUGACAGGGUGAACGUGACUAUGCCGAGCAGCAUCCGCAGUUACCCAGUUAUCCCAGUGCCCAGUAAGAGUUUUGGGAUGUUACAGAAAAUACCACCACCGCUAUUUCCGCAUCCAUACGGUUUCCCGGCGUUUGGAUUGUGUCAAAAGAAGGAUGACGGUGAGGUGAUGGGAGAGCCAAACAAAACAAACCUGUCAGGUGUGUUUUGGCCGAGCCCUAAGGACAGUGCCUAUACUUCUUUCCCCAUGUUUUGGCCUACAACAGGCAGCUUGGCCAUGCCAACGUACCACCAUGCCCAACCUAAACCUCCAUCUGACGUGUUAUGCGCCAGACAUAAUGAGCUUGACGUGUCAGAGCAAAGUGACCGAAGCACAAGCACCCCUAAAGACAGUUUACUAGAUAAUGAACGGUGCUCGAGCACUCAGUCGACCCGCAACGAGGAGGAUAAAUCUGGGGACGAGAGCAGGUCGAUAGAGGGAAUUCCACCCACCUCGAGAAAAAUAAGCUACAUUUCUGCAUUCAGGCCGGUUGUUAAAGAUGUCGAGAGCAUCGCAAAAUUAUACGGCAACAGAGGGCCGUACUCUGGCCCUCGGUCCGGCUACAUGUCACCAGAUUUUCUGAGUGAAAGUUCUAGUUACAGGUCAGUGUCUCCGGACGUGGACAGUGUGGAUGAUCCGGAUGUGGAUGUGGAGUCCCAUAAGGCGCAUGAGGAUGAGGAGUGUCUGCAGCUCUCGGUGGAUGACCGACGGAGUCCGCACAGUUUGACCCUAGCGCAGAGUGAAGGGGUUAAAGGGCAAGAUCAAGAAAAUACCCAGAUGCACACCUUGAACGACCUACACUCGACGAAUUCAAGCGAAACGCGGCCGUCUGAUAUGGAGAGCCACGGCAAUAAACACACGACGCGCUUUGAAGUCUAUGCGCGUGAAAGAGACGAGCACGUGCAUCAAAUGAGCACGUCUUAUUUUGGUUCUGCGACCACUUACCAGCGCGAAACGAGUGUAAAAGAUGUGCAUGAAGAAGAGCCUUCUUCUACAGUAGAAGAGAUGGAACCCAAAAAUCAUCAGGAUGAAAAUAACAUCAGCGAGGAGCGCCUGAAGGAACCAAAUGAUGUGUGUGCAGAUGAGGAAGCAAUCUGCAAGGACACUGGCAACAGGGGCUCCUUGAUUGAGAAAAACAUAGAGAGCAUGGCCAAAGAGGAACUGCAGAAACAACUCGUGGAACAAGUCGAACUUAGAAAAAAGUUGGAGCGGGAGUUCCAGAAUCUAAAAGACAGUUUUCAAGACCAAAUGAAAAGGGAGCUUUCAUACAGAGAGGAAAUGGUGCAGCAGCUCCAGAUUGUUCGAGAAGCUCACGACGCACUACACCAUUUUUCGUGUAAGAUGCUGACUCCCCGUCACUGCACUGGGACCUGCACCUUCAAACCUCCCCUUUUACCGCCUUGAUGGACACCCAUUCAAGACAUAGGUGUUCUUUAGAAAUACUGCUGUGUCAAAAAAACAAAACUUUCUUCCUCCCUCUGCAAAACACUGUCAACCUUUAGACCUGGAAUAAGCAAGUGUGUACUGUAGUAUUUUAGCUCUUACACUGUAAUGAAGUCAUUUUCAUUCGCAAAGGAGUGUUUUCAGAGUCACUGUACGUAUUGUAUAAUUUAUAUAAAGUUCUAGAAAAUUGCAUUAUAAAAAAAAAUGACGUCCCACUUAAAUAUGUUGUAGAAAUCACUGGUAUUAAGUGGCUAUGUGCAAUGCAUAUAUUUGUUAUGUAUCCUGUGAUACCUUUUUGUUGGUUUGUUAGUGAUAGUUUAGGACAUUAGAUGCAACAAUAAUUAAUGUUUUUUGUAUAUUUAAUUUAUUUCAUGACCAUGUUGGUUGUUUAUUCCCAUCUGCAUAUUUGUAUAUUAUUGAUGUAAAGCACUUUAAAUUGGCAGCCCUAACUACUGAAAUGUGGAUUAAAUGAUCUUGUUUGAGAGUC